UAAAUCAUCCUUCCUUCUCUCAGGGAAGAAUCAAUACUCCAUAGCCAGCCACACCGUCGCAGCUCGAAAAGCUCUCUCUGUUCUCUCCUCUCCUCUCCUCUCCUCUCGUCUCCUUCGGGUCCGUCGCAAUUCCCCAGCGAUGGACGCGCAGCGAGCUUUGCUGGACGAGCUCAUGGGCUCAGCUCGGAAUUUGACUGAGGAAGAGAGGAGGGGUUACAAGGAGAUCAAGUGGGACGACAAGGAGGUUUGCGCUUUCUACAUGGUGCGGUUCUGCCCGCAUGAUCUCUUCGUCAACACUCGGAGCGACCUCGGACCAUGCUCGAGAAUUCAUGAUCUGAAGUUGAAAGAGAGCUUUGAGAAGUCUCCUAGACACGACGCCUAUGUUGCUAAGUUUGAAGCAGAACUUUGCCAGUUCUGUGAGAAAUUGGUUUCUGAUUUAGAUAGAAGAGUUAGACGUGGGCGGGAACGCCUUGCUCAGGAGGUCGAACCUGCCCCUGCUCCGGCACUGUCGGCCGAGAAAUCUGAACAACUAUCUGUGCUGGAGGAGAAAAUUAAGAACCUGCUCGAACAAGUAGAAUCCCUUGGUGAAGCUGGAAAAGUUGACGAAGCUGAAGCACUCAUGAGAAAGGUGGAGCUGCUAAAUGCUGAAAAGACAUCCUUGACACAGCAACCUCAGAAUGAGAAGCUUUUGAUGCUUACACAGGAGAAAAAGAUGGCUCUUUGCGAGAUAUGUGGUUCUUUCCUAGUGGCAAAUGACGCAGCUGAAAGGAUUCAAUCUCAUGUCACAGGGAAACAGCAUGUGGGUUAUGGUAUGGUUCGGGAUUUCAUCACAGAGUAUAAGACUGCUAAGGAGAAUAAAAGGGAAGAGGAAAGGCUAGCUAGGGAGAAAGAAGCUGAAGAGAGGAGGAAGCAAAGGGAAAAGGAGCAGGAGAGUAGAAGAAGUGGAUCGAGAGACAGGGAUAGAUAUCGUGAUGAGGAGCGGGACAGGGAUCGGAGCAGAGACAGAGAGAGGGAACGGGAUCGCUACCGGGAACGCGGUCGAGAUCGUGACAGGUCACGAGAGAGGAGUGGUAGAGGUAGUUACGAUGGAGGUAGGGGAAUGGAUUGGAGAUCCAGGAGAGGUAGAGAUGGUGCCAGGGAUCGGUACCAAGACAGAAGUGGGUCUCGCUCCCCUGUCAGGCAUGGUUACAGGGGUUCAUCUAGAAGUCCUGAUCACUGAAAUCUGGAAUAUGUAGCUGAAUGAAGCUCUAAACUUAUUGAGGUAGAUUUUUAUCUCAGAGAGUAUAUCACCCUUGCUUAACUCUCCAGUAAUUUCUUGUGGUUUGUAAAACUCCUUUUUCCUAUCUCACAGCUUUGUUGAGAGUAUUACGAUCUCCAUCUGAUCAAUGUAGUUAAAGGAGAACAGGGUUGAGGUAGGUAGCGUUCUGUUGUAACUCCCAUUAUUUUGUGUUUAGACUUUUGGUUGAACCAGCUUUCUUUCUUCUGAUUACCUCUGAAAGGUUGAUUCAGAGUCCCUGCCCUUUCCUUAUAAUUAAAGCAAUUGACUGGUUGGGGGUCCUCUUUUUCCCAAGUAUUUAAGAGGACAGGCUCUGAAAAUGUAUGAAUGCAAAUGCUGCAAGGGAUAUUGAUUAUUCCCUUGAUCUUAAGGUAACCUUAAGCUCCUUUCUCACCAGUGCAGCAUUUGGUGUAUUCCCUUGUGUAUAGCUUGACUGUUUCCUUUUUUCCUUCUCUACAUUAUUCAUCACGUGAUUCAGCCAUUUUCUUAACUUAUAUAUCCUUUUGAUUUAUUUGAGGUUGAUGUGAGCUUCUUGAAGAUGAUUUCGAACUUAGGUUUCAUCACCUUCUGAUCAUUUCGAAUAAAGGCAGGUAUAUUUCACCCAUAAUCCUCCCAUUGCCUCUAACCGCCUUAAGAUUCUGUGUGGGGGAGUUCAAAUGGCAGACAGAUGUACGCAUGUGAGCCAUCGUAUAGCUACGCCACGUUGUACGGAAGGUAACCUUUGUACAAAUAGUUGCAAUCUCUGGGAUCUGGUCAAUUUCACCUUGAAAUUUUACAGAGUGAUUUUGUAGCUUCUUUGCGGUCGCCCAUUAUGCAACUUUCUUAGGCAAGUGAUGUUUGUUAUGGAUGGAAGCCGGUCCCUGGGCCACAGAAUUUGCUAACUACGUAGUGCUAGACCAGAGGUAACUCAUUAUCAUAACAGCCAAAAUAGCAUGUUUUAAUUGUAGUCUGCAGGAUAGUCACGUUAUCAGUUAUCCAUCUCGAUUCAGGGUACAUGUUUCUCGCUGUGUCAGUAGGGUUCACGUGUUAUAAUGGUGGGUUCCAUGCACAGGAACAUUAUUCGAUUACUCCUGUCAAAAUGUGUAUUGAGAAAAUAUGAGAAAUAAAGGACCAGUUUAUCA